AUGCUGCCAAACACUCGCGACUUCCCCCCGCUCACCCCCUUCGCCGCCUCGGUGGUUGAGGGGAAGAGGCGUUUGCCCCUCAGCGACACCGAGAACCUCAUGGUUGGAGCCUUCGGAGGCACCCUCGAGUGCGCCGUGCAGAUGCCCCUCAUCACGCUGAAGAUUUGCCAACAGAGCAAGAAGCCCUUCCCGACGACCAUCGGCGGAUGGUUCCGCGGCGUCACCGCGGCCGCGGCCCCGCUCGGUCCGAUCACCGCGGUGCAGGUCGCGGUCAACGGCGCGAUCGAGCGCGUCGUCACCGGCGGCGACCGCGAUCCCACCGACCCCGAGCGCGUCGGCGUCGCCAUGGCGGCGGGUGCCGUCUCGUCGGUGCUGUACUCGCCCGUGGACCUCGUGGUGAUCCAGCAGCAGAAACUCGGGCUGGACUCGCCCGGCGCUACCAUCUCCGCCAUCGUCAAGGAGCACGGCGCGUCGGGGAUGAUGCGGGGCUUCUGGUCCUGCGUCGUGAGGGAGGCCAUCUACACCGCCGGCUACCUCGGCCUCGCGCCAAUCGCCAAGGACUACCUCACCGGUAACGUCGAGUACUUCAAGUCCAACGACCUCGCCGCCUCGAUCGUGGGCUCGUCCAUCGGAGGUACCGUCGCCGCGGUGUUGACGCACCCGGUGGACACCUCCAAGACGUGCGCGCAGUCAGACAUCGCCGGGGUCAAGUACCCAAACGCCCGGACCGCGCUCGGGAUGGUGUACAAGGACGGGGGGAUCGGAGCGCUCUAUGGCGGCGGGCUGGCGAGGACCGCGCGUCUGUGCGGCGCGUUCUUCAUCAUCAACAACAUCAGGGAGGCGGCGAUCGACUGGAAGACGGCCAGGGCGGAGGCCUGA